UUACUCACGUGGUAUUCACUCGGCAUGUUUUUGUUGAGGACUCCAGGAAGUAACUCUGCCGUGAAUGCAGUUUGUGGCUUACACACAAUAUACACACAGACUAAUAGCGUCGAUACAUUACGUUACCGGUGGGCUCGGUUCGCGUUGGAAUAGCUCAGUCAUGUUUCUCUCCUUAUCGCCGCUGAUGAAGAGAGGCGCUUGGUGUGUGAUCGCGUCCACCAUGGUCUCACUGGCCGUGCUCCUGAUGCGGAUGCGCGGCACCAUCGGCCCCAGCCUCAGGCACGACCACCAGCUGCUGAGGAGACCCCUCUUCAAGCUGGACCUGAGCUGGCCGAAGAGUCCGGAGCUCUUCACCGGGGAGGUGUUCGGGGUCGCCGUGAACCAGCACGCCGGGGUGGUGUAUGUGGCGCAGAGAGGUGACAAUGUGCCCAAGGUGCUGGUGUUCACCACUGAUGGAGAUUUCCUGAUGGCCUGGAACACAACCACCCUGGAGAUGCCUCACGGUAUCUUUUUAGCAGAUGGCGGCUCCUCCAACCCCACCGUGUGGAUCACAGACGUGGGAGACGGCCCGUACGGCCACUGCAUCAAACAGUACUCGCCAUCUGGGAAGCUCCUGCAGGUGGUUGGCACGGCAGGAAAAAAAGGCUCUGGGUUAAAUCCUCUGCAGUUCGACAAUCCUGCUGAGAUCUUCGUCCACGACUCCGGAGAGAUGUACAUCGUGGACGGGGACGGUGGACUGAACAACCGCCUCAUCAAGCUGUCCAAAGAGCAGGAAGUGUUGUGGUUACACGGAGAGAAGGGACAAGGCCCGGCUCAGUUCAACAUCCCCCACAGCGUGACUGUGGACGACGUCCAGAGGGUGUGGGUGGCCGACAGGGCCAAUAAGAGGAUCCAGGUCUUCAACUCCGUCACUGGGGAGUGGCUGGGGACGUGGGGGAGCUGCUUCACGGAGGACGCGCCAUAUUCAGUCCGUCUGACCCCGGACAAGAAGUACUUUGUGGUCGUCCAGCUCAACACCAACCAGAUCUCUCUUCUGAGGGCCCCACCGGUGGGCUCCAUUGGCCAGUGCGUUGUGGCCAGCGUGAUCCAGCUGGCUGAGGAAGUGAAGCCCCACCUGGUGGACCUGGACCUGGAAACAGGGGCCCUGUAUGUGGCUGAGAUUGGAGCUCAGCAGGCCCAGAAGUUCACGCCCUUCAGUCUGUAAGGCAGCUUCUACUCCAGGGGCCACUUGGCAUGUGCUGCUUCCAAAAGUGCAAAUGAGUGAAACACAUACUUGAUGUCACUGCACGAUGUUUGUUUGUAAGUAAAUACUGCAUAACAAAUUCGGUAGGGUAAAAAUUCUGCUGUUAAAAAAUAUAAUGCAGUAGAAUUGGAUUCUUCGUAAUAGAUUUAUUUGACACACUGUGACCGCUGUUUGAGAAGUUAUGUGCCAAUUGUUUUUCUCUGCAGUCUGUAAAUAUACCCCAGCUGUUUCCUUUCUUUGCUGCAGACACUUUAAACUACUUUUUGUGGGGUUUUUUCCUCCGUGUGGCUGAUUUUAAGACAUCUGAAAGCUCGAACUAAGUUGUUAACGCACAACCCAGCGGUCUACAAAGAUCCUUGAUGCACUUCAUAAUGCAGGGAAUGAAUAGUGUAUGGGUGUGGUGUAGGUGUGUGCUUAAUUUAGUCUUUUAUUGUUUACGGUGUCACUGUGAAAAAUGUAUUUUAAUUGCUUAUUGUGUUUUCAGUUGCUGCAGGUUGUGUUGAGAAAUGACAUGUGAUAUUUGUGGCCACAAUAAUAGAAAUGUUUACUGCUUUUUCUCUCUCCAUUCUCUGACCUUGCACAUUUUUGGUUGCAUGUUUUUUUGGUGCUAUUUGAUUUGUUUAGUAUGUUUAUAUACAUGCCUGUUCCUAAGUCUGAUGAAUCGUAAUAAUUGAAAGUGAAAAUACUUUGCACAAUAUUGUUUGAUGUUCUAAGUUGUAGGUUGUGUACUUUGAUGUGAUGAUUGAAAUUUGUUGAAGAUACAUUUUAGUAGAAUGCUGCACAGCACACCACUAGAUGGAGCUCAGCUCAUUUCUCAUUCCAAAAAGAGAUGUCUGCACAUUGCAGUGUAGCUCGUUGUGAAUACAGAUUUAUCUUUAACGUAAAAUGACAUUUUUUAGAAAUGAAUUUUAUUGUUGAUGAAGGGAUGUAAAAACACAAGCAUAUCCACAUCACAUCCUGUUCAGGUGAGCGUGCAGCCAGAUGCUUUUAACGACCUGUCAUUAGCUGUAUAUAAAAAGUACUAUAAAUACCAAAUGAAAAUGGGUUUAGAAGGGGAAUUGUUCUUCCACAUGCUAAAAACAGCAUAGUAUUUUGUGUUUUAAUGGCGGCGGAUUUCCUUUUAUAAAAAACACCUUUGGAAGCUGUGGUAAAAUGUAUAUAUGAAUGUUGUAAAAGCAAAAUAAUGACAUUAUAAUAAUAAUCACACAACAUUUUAUGAUUUUUGUUCUAAUCUAAAAUCACUUUUACUCAAACAUUUAAUAUCUUGUAAUUCAUAUUUUGAAGGUAAGAACAUCAGCACGGCCAGCUGCCCUGCUCCAUCCUCCCGUCCGAGUGCGAGAGGAACUCUGUGGGCGGCCGUGCAAACAACACACCAAUGUGAAUGGAGCCCCGGCUCAUUGAAUGAGAGGCAGAGGGCACGGCUCGGGGAAGAAAGAGCGGCUCUAAAGCAAGAUGCUGCCACAGAGGCAGCAGGCUACGAGCGAGAGGGAACCUCUCAGAUGAAGAGGGAGAUGAGGAGGGGGUAGGUGGGGAAGGGGGGGGGGCAGAUGAAUGUAGUACUACACUAAGCUUAAUAACACUGGUGUCAUUGUCACAUGGCUGCAGAGGCCUCUCAGCAGUUGUACUUUUUAGUUUGUAACCUUUAUUCCACAGCUGCGGUUACAGUUACAAUUAAAAACAUAAACCUAUGAUUUAC